GUGCUCAUGCUGGCCAAGGCCUGGGAAAUGCCUUCCUGUCCCACAUCAACGCCUGUGAUGGCAUCUUCCACAUGACACGUGCUUUUGAUGAUGAGGAUAUCAUCCAUGUGGAGGGGACAGUGGACCCAGUGAGGGACAUGGAGAUCAUCCACGAGGAGCUGAGGCUGAAGGAUGAGGAGAUGAUCAGCCCUAUUAUUGACAAGCUAGAGAAGACAGCCAUUAGAGGCGGUGACAAGAAACUCAAACCAGAAUAUGACAUUAUGUGCAAAAUCAAGAGCUGGGUAGUGGAUGAAAAGAAACACAUCCGCUACUAUCACGACUGGAACGACAAGGAGAUCGAAGUGCUGAACAAAUACUUGUUUUUGACAUCCAAACCAAUGAUCUACCUCGUUAAUCUCUCUGAGAAAGACUACAUAAGAAGAAAGAACAAAUGGUUGGUGAAAAUCAAGGAGUGGGUGGACAGUCAUGACCCCGGAGCCUUGGUCAUCCCCUUUAGUGGCGGCCUAGAGAGCCUGCUGCAGGACAAGAGUGAAGAGGAGAGGCAGAAGUACUGCACAGAGCACAAGACGCAGAGUGCCCUGAGCAAGAUCAUCAAGGCAGGCUACGCAGCCCUGCAGCUGGAGUACUUCUUCACUGCUGGACCAGAUGAGGUCCGUGCAUGGACCAUUCGGAAAGGAACUAAGGCUCCACAGGCUGCGGGGAAGAUCCACACAGACUUUGAGAGGGGCUUCAUUAUGGCGGAAGUAAUGAAAUUCCAGGAUUUUAAAGAGGAAGGCAGCGAGAGUGCUGUCAAGGCAGCUGGUAAAUACAGACAGCAGGGAAGAAACUACAUCGUCGAGGACGGAGACAUCAUCUUUUUUAAAUUCAACGCGCCGAACGCACCAAAGAAAAAGUGACACAAGAACAAUGCAUUUGUUUACACAACUGACUGUAUUGUUGCCUUAUAUCUGGCCACUUUUACACUUUUUGUUUUCCGUGCUGUAGGACUGAA